CAAGGAGUUCAACCAACCCCGAACAGACCCCGACCUGAUGAGGGUGGAUCCCAGACGCCUGCAGGUGGUUGGUGGUCCCUCUGCCGUACUGACGGUGAGAGGACCGUCCCUGUCCACUGACAGCCUUCUGUCCGCUACCUGCUGCAGGAUGGCCGGAGGUUUACUACAAGCACGUUUCCUCUCCCUCUUCGACUACAAGACGGAAAAAUACAUUGUUGCCAAAAAUAAGAGAGUUGGAGUUUUGUACAGACUUAUUCAGUUGUCGAUCAUCGGUUACAUCAUUGGGUGGGUUUUUGUAAGCAAGAAAGGCUACCAGGAAACAGACGAGGCCGUACAGAGCUCCAUCAUAACUAAACUGAAGGGAGUGUCAGUGACAAACACUUCCGAGUCUGGGCUGCUGGUUUGGGGACCGGAGGACUAUGUCAUCCCACCGCAGGGGGAAGCUGUGCUGUUCAUUGUAACCAAUUUCUUAGAGACACCGAACCAGAAGCUGGGACACUGUGCAGAGAGUUCAAAAGUGCUGGAUGGCCACUGUCGAGAUGACAAGGACUGUGCAGAGGGAAAGAUGGUAGUGGCUGGUAAUGGGAUUAUGAGUGGCCGGUGCCUAAGAGAAGAUGUGAACUCCACUGGAACCUGUGAAAUCUAUGGCUGGUGUCCCAUCGAAAGAAAAUUCAAACCACAAGGGCCUCUGCUGACAAACGCAGAAAACUUCACCAUCUACAUCAAGAAUUUCAUCCAAUUUCCGAAGUUCGAAUUUUCAAAGUCCAAUGUACUUGAAACAACUGAUGACUCCUAUUUGAAGAAAUGCAGAUAUGAUGAGGAGCUCCACCCGUACUGCCCCAUCUUCCGUCUGGGAGACAUCACCCAGCGAGCCGGAUACGCGUUCAACGACAUGGCAACAUAUGGCGGCUCUAUUGGCAUUAUGAUACAUUGGGACUGUGACCUUGACAAAGGUUACUCUCACUGCCACCCACAAUACGUUUUCACUCGUCUGGACAUCAGCAUCUCAAACAAGACCAUCGCAUCAGGAUUUAACUUCAGACACACUCGGUAUUUUAAAAAUGCAGCUGGUGAGGGAUUUCGAUCUCUAUUCAAAGUCUAUGGGGUCCGAUUUAACAUCAUGGUGCAUGGGAAGGCCGGGAAGUUCAGCAUCAUCCCAACAACAAUCAAUGUUGCAUCAGGUCUGGCUUUAAUGGGAGCUGGAGCUUUCUUCUGUGACAUGGUCCUUCUCUACUUAAUGAAGAAAGGAGAUUCGUACCGAGAAAGAAAGUUUGAAGGAUUCAGAGGAGAUAAAUCAACAUCUGAAAACCACAGUGUGAAGGGGGCCGCCACGGAGGAGGAGAAUCUGACCUUGUAGUGAAAACACUGACCUGUCCUUGUUGUUGGUUCUGAUCGAACAAUGAAUAUAACAAUAUGAAAAAGUACUGUAGCAGUUCAGUAUGACUUGUGCUUGAUGGGAGAGGAGCUCAUGUAAGACAAAACAUAAUCUUAAAUGAUUGUGUUGUUUUUGUCAAUUUUAAGAUUUUAGAGCUUCAAAGUGAUGAUUACAUACAUAUACUUAAUAUAUAUUCAGAUGGAUAUUCUAUUACGUUAUUCCAAUUUGGUACGAUUCAUUCAGAUUGACUGAAACUGAAGUGAUUGAUUUUCUAAACAACAAUACACUGUGCAUUUGAAUGUAUCUGCAAACUUUUCGACCUCACAUACUUCUUUGUAUUGAUAUUGUAAUAAUUGUGAUUCUCAUGGGUAUUUAUAUCAAUUUCUGCAUGUAAACUGUACAUUGUCUAAUUUUGUGAAAAGAUAACAACACUUGUUGGUAGAAGCUUAAAAAUGAGCCCACACGGUUUUCUGCCUCUCCGUUCACUCUAUUUAAUAUUUGUAAGUUUCACACAAAAAACUAAAAUCGCCAUCAAAUCUAUGGAAAAAAAAUUAAUAAUUAAUAUAUGGAAGCUUGAAUAAACUUUGAGUUGUACUGUAAA